UUGGAAGGGUGGAGUAACUGUAAACCCGACACACCUUUGUCAGGACUUGUUAGGGAGCAAAGAACUGAGAGAAACAAGGGGGAGAGCAGGAGAAGUGAACAUUUUUGGAAGAUCACUCAGCUCUAACACACCUGGGCUGGGUCUGGAUAAAAAAAGUGGGGCCUGCAAACAUCUUGGAGAAAACAUCAGGAGGAGAGAAAGGGGGGUUUAUUCGAAGUUGUUUCCAGUCCCUUCCAAAUCUCAAAGAAGGUGGCUAUGGUAUGGAUGUAACCAAGAAAAACAAGCGAGAUGGCACCGAAGUCACUGAAAGAAUUAUCACGGAAACAGUAACUACAAGACUUACAUCCUUGCCGCCAAAAGGGGGAACCAGCAACGGCUAUGCUAAAACGGGCUCUCUAGGUGGAGGGAGCCGGCUGGAGAAGCACAGCCUGACCCAUGGCAGCAGUGGUUACAUAAACUCAAGUGGGAGCACGCGGGGCAAUGCCUCCACAUCCAGUUACAGGAGGGCUCACUCCCCGGCCUCCACUCUGCCCAACUCACCAGGCUCCACCUUUGAAAGGAAAACUCACAUCACCCGCCACGGAACAUAUGAAGGGAGCUCCAGUGGCAACUCUUCUCCGGAGUACCCUCGGAAGGAAUUCGCAUCUUCUUCAACCAGAGGAAGGAGCCAAACACGAGAGAGCGAAAUCCGAGUCCGACUGCAGAGCGCAUCCCCAUCUACCCGAUGGACAGAAUUGGAUGAUGUUAAGCGUUUGCUCAAGGGGAGCCGAUCAGCAAGCGUGAGCCCUACCCGGAACUCCUCCAACACCCUCCCCAUCCCCAAGAAAGGCACGGUGGAGACCAAGAUGGUGACGGCGAGCUCCCAGUCAGUGUCCGGCACUUAUGAUACCACCAUCCUGGAUGCCAACCUUCCAUCCCACAUGUGGUCUUCCACCUUGCCAGCGGGGUCCUCCAUGGGGACCUAUCACAACAACGUGACAACCCAGAGCUCGUCCCUCCUCAACACCAACGCCUAUUCUGCAGGAUCAGUCUUCGGAGUUCCAAAUAACAUGGCACCCUGCUCUCCCACGCUGCACCCGGGGGUCAGCACCUGCUCCUCAGUGUUUGGCAUGCAGAACAACCUGGCACCCAGUUCGUCCACCCUGUCCCACGGCACGGCCACCGCCUCUACAGCGUAUGGUGUGAAGAAGAACCUGCCGCAGAGCCCCGCUGUCGUGAGCACCGGCACGUCCACCUCUGCCGCCUGCACCACAAAUGUCCAGAGUGAUGAUCUCCUGCACAAGGACUGUAAAUUCCUGAUCCUGGAGAAAGACAACACACCGGCCAAGAAGGAGAUGGAGCUGCUGAUCAUGACCAAGGACAGCGGGAAGGUCUUCACUGCCUCCCCGGCCAGCAUCACUGCAACAUCUUUUUCAGAUGACACCCUCAAGAAAGAAAAACAAGCUGCCUACACUGCGGACACCUGCCUGGUUUCAGAAGCUAAUGGAGACGUGAAGACCGUGUCCACCAAGGGCAAGGCCGCCUCAGCAGAAAUCCACAACUACAGCCACCGCGGCGGGGGCAGCGGCGGGGGCAGCGGCGGGGGAGGCGGCGGGGGCGGCCCGUGGGGGGCAGCACCGGCCUGGUGCCCCUGCGGCUCCUGCUGCAGCUGGUGGAAGUGGCUGCUGGGCCUGCUGCUCACCUGGCUACUGCUGCUGGGGCUGCUCUUCGGCCUCAUUGCUCUGGCAGAGGAGGUGAGGGCGCUGAAGGCGCGGGUGGCCGCGCUGGAGCAGAGCCGGGACGCCGUGCUGCUUUACGAGGAGAAGGCGGAGCGUGCCAGCAAAGACAGGCUGCAGGGCGCCGUGCCAGGCGUGGGAGCAGGCAUGGGGAGACUGGGGCUCGACGGCCACAGUCAGGAGGUGCUCUGGCUGUUCGUGAGGGACAAGCUGAUGGCUGAACAGGAAAGCGGAAAUCUCCGAGGAAGCCCCGGCCCGAAAGGUGACAUGGGAAGUCAAGGCCCUAAAGGCGACCGAGGGCUCCCUGGGACUCCAGGCAUCCCUGGGCUCUUGGGCCACCCAGGUCCAGAAGGACCAAAGGGACAGAAAGGCAGCGUGGGAGAGCCAGGCCUGGAGGGACCCAUGGGCCAGAGAGGACGAGAAGGCCCCAUGGGACCUCGUGGUGAGCCAGGGCCUCCUGGGUUUGGAGAGAAAGGGGACAGAGGGGUUGCUGGUGAACCCGGUGUUCAGGGCCCACCUGGCGUCCCAGGUUCUGUGGGUCCCAAAGGUUCCAGUGGCUCCCCUGGCCCACGGGGUCUCCCAGGCCCUAUAGGUCCCCAGGGGCUCCGAGGGGACGUUGGACUCCCUGGUAUCAAAGGUGACAAAGGACCUCUGGGGUCACCAGGACCCAAAGGUGACCAGGGAGAGAAAGGACCCCGAGGCCUCACAGGUGAGCCGGGCUUGAGAGGCUUGCCUGGUGCUGUGGGUGAGCCCGGAGCUAAAGGAGCAGCAGGACCCGCUGGCCCCGAUGGACACCAAGGCCCAAGAGGUGAACAAGGGCUAAUGGGGAUGCCUGGAACCCGCGGCCCACAGGGGCCUUCCGGAGACCCCGGAAAGCCAGGUCUCACAGGACCCCAAGGACCUCAGGGACUUCCUGGUACCCCCGGCCGACCAGGAGCUAAAGGUGAACCUGGAGCUCCAGGCCGGAUCAUGACCACAGAGGGAUCAUCCACGAUCACUGUCCCAGGCCCCCCGGGGCCUCCUGGAGCCAUGGGACCACCGGGACCUCCAGGUGCCCCAGGUCCUGUGGGCCCAGCUGGUCUGCCUGGACAGCAAGAAGGUCUUGAUUUACGAGGUCCCCCAGGCCCACCUGGACCACCUGGGCCUCCAGGACCUUCCGUUCCAGGCCCGCCAGGACCCCGAGGCCCAGCAGGAGAAGGCCUGCCAGGCCCACCAGGCCCACCGGGAUCUUUCCUGACCAACUCAGAGACCUUCUUCUCUGGCCCCCCAGGCCCCCCUGGCCCCCCAGGCCCCAAGGGAGACCAAGGCCCCCCAGGCCCCCGAGGACACCAAGGCGAGCAAGGCCUCCCAGGGUUCUCAGCCUCAGGUGGAUUCAACCUGCAGGGACCACCUGGCCCCCGGGGACCCAAGGGGGACAAAGGUGAUCCUGGGGUCCCAGGGGCUCCUGGCCUUCCUGGUGGUCUCUCUCAAGGGGGAUCGUCGUCGAGCACCAUGUUCAUGCCAGGCCCCCCAGGCCCCCCGGGCCCCCCAGGGCCUCCGGGCUCCAUCAGCAGCUCUGGCCGGGAGAUCCAGCAGUACAUCUCUGAGUACCUGCAGAGCGACAGCAUUCGGUCCUAUCUCUCUGGAGUUCAGGGUCCCCCUGGACCACCUGGUCCCCCAGGGCCUGUCACCACCAUCACGGGGGAGACUUUCGACUACUCAGAGCUGGCAAGCCGCGUCGGGAGCUACUUACAGACCUCGGGGUACAGCAUCAGCUCCUCCACCUCCAUCUCUGCUGAGGACAUCGUGGCUGUGCUGAAGCGGGAAGACAUGAGACAGUAUCUGCGUCAGCAUCUCGUUGGAGAUUGGACCCUCCAGUCUUUGGACUACGCCGAGCUGAGCAGCCGCAUUCUCAGCUACAUGUCCAGCUCUGGAAUCAGCAUUGGGCUUCCUGGCCCCCCAGGACCCCCUGGCUUGCCAGGAACAUCCUAUGAGGAGCUACUCUCCUUGCUUCAGGGGUCUGAAUACAGAGGCAUCGUUGGGCCCCCAGGUCCCCCUGGGCCCCCAGGGAUCCCAGGCAACGUGUGGUCCAGCAUCAGCUUGGAGGACCUCUCUUCUUACCUGCACACUGCCGGUGUGUCCUCCAUCCCCGGCCCUCCAGGCCCUCCUGGUCCUCCAGGCCCUCGAGGGCCUCCCGGGGUCUCGGGAGCUCUGGCAACAUAUGCAGCCGAAAACAGCGACAGCUUCCGGAGUGAACUGAUUAGCUACCUCACAAGCCCGGAUGUGCGGAGCUUCAUCGUGGGCCCCCCAGGCCCUCCAGGGCCGCAGGGGCCACCCGGGGACAGCCGCCUCAUGCCCAUGGACGGCUCCUACAGCCGGGGCAGCAGGUCCUCUCACAGCGAGUCGGCCAGUCGGAGCUCCUCCUACAGCUCUUCCAUGGGCAUCGGAGGGUCCAGUGGAGGCUCCCUCGGUGAAGGCGGGGCCUUUGGCCUGGACAUGGGCCUGGGCCGAGGCUACGGGGGAGUGGUAGAAGGCGGUAUGCACGGUGGUGAAGGUGGACCGUUCGGGGCUGGCUUCACCGGAGGUCUGGACUACAAUGAGCUGGCUGUUCGGGUAUCCGAGAGCUUGCAGCGUCAGGGCCUGCUGCAAGGGAUGGCCUACACAGUCCACGGCCCCCCGGGCCGGCCAGGGCCCCAGGGCCCCCCCGGCAUCAGCAAGGUCUUCUCUGCCUACAGCAACGUGACUGAGGACCUCGUGGACUUUUUCCGAACUUAUGGAGCCAUUCCAGGCCCCCCUGGGCAGAAAGGAGAGGUGGGCACCCCAGGACCCAAAGGUGAAAGGGGCCCCGCAGGACCACCAGGUCGGCCUGGGCCACCCGGCCCUCGAGGGCACAAAGGAGAAAAAGGAGACACAGGUGACCAAGUCUACGCGGGGCGGAGAAAGAGAAGCAUCGCCGUCAAGCCAUGAGCUUGGAGGAACAGCCUUUGGCUGUUCUUGCAAUGGCUUAUGGUGCUCAUGUCAAAAAUCUCUCCAGAGGGCGGAAACUGGAGGCUCACUUCCUACUGACACAGCACAGCUAAACAGUUAAAUAGAACACCUGUUUUAGUCUGGAACAAUCUCUCUAUAGAUGUAUCAUCCAGUCGAAGCCACACAACCUGAACCCCUGCACGGGGUGACGCUCCAGCAGCCGCUGCUGUGGAACAGGACUGGCUGCUCGGCUGGCUCGCCCUGAGCGCCUUGGCUUCUUUAGCUCUCAGCUCCGGCCGCAACCCAGGACAGCCCGUUAUGCAGAAGCUGGCUUAGGAAUCCUUGAGCUUUGCCUAAAAAUGAGCCAGAAAAGGGAAGACAGGGAUGGGGUUCUGGUUAUCACUGCAAGGCUCUGCUGUCUGCUCCUUCCUCCCUGUUGGUUCUGCAUUCUCUAGUCAUAGAAAGGACUUGGCUAAGAAGCAACUCUUGCAACUGAAAAAGUUAAUUCACUUCCCCUGAAGGUGGUGACAGGGUUUCUAAUAGUCAUUUCUCACCACAUAUCCUAUUCUCACUUGCUUAGAAAGUCUGUCUGAUUGUACCUAUGGUCUGUUUCUACGGGGCAUGCUAGCGUUUAGAGAGGUGUUCUACUGAACUAGACCACAGCAAGGGGGAGAAGAAGGGCAGUGGGGAAGGAGGGAAAAUAGAAAACUCGAUGCUGGGAAAUGGCACGGGGGACUGGGCACAGUUGGUUUUUAAGCACUUUUCAGUAUCUAAAACAAACAUGUAUGUUAGAUGAAAUGUCAUUUCAAUUGCAAAAUUUAGAAUUAAAGUUUUUUCUUAAUAUUA